AGAAAUCACCUGCUUACCGCGCGCUUUCGGCCAAGUCCGCGUCGCCGCAUUUCCAUGAGCAAUUGAAAUACAGCCUGCCGGCCGCGCUGCUGCUCCUCCCCCGUUCUCCCGUCUCCCUUCCCUCCCAGCGGAACAUGUCCGUCACCGUCGUCCUCGGCGCCCAGUGGGGCGACGAAGGCAAAGGAAAGCUCGCCGAUAUCCUUGCCCACGAGUCGCAGCUCUGCUGUCGCGCGCAGGGCGGUAACAAUGCCGGCCACACCAUCGUCGCGAACGGCGUCACGUACGAUUUCCACAUCCUGCCGUCUGGGCUCGUCAAUCCGGCUUGUGUGAAUGUCAUUGGGAGUGGCUGCGUGGUGCAUAUCCCGAGCUUCUUCAAAGAACUGGAGGCGCUGGAUCAGAAGGGGCUGAAGACUGAGGGCAGGGUGUUCAUCUCUGAUCGUGCGCAUGUGGUGUUUGAUAUCCAUCAGCUGGUGGAUGGGCUGGAGGAAGUGGAGUUGGGAGGGAGCUUCAUAGGUACUACGAAGAAGGGCAUUGGCCCAACGUACAGCACCAAGAUGACGCGCAGCGGUGUGCGCAUGUGCGACAUCUUUGACGAGGAGAUCUUCGAGAAGAAGCUCAGGAGAUUGGUAAUGGGAUACCAGAAACGGUUCGGAGACCUGUUGAAGUAUGACCCGGAGGAGGAGAUUGCGAAGUUCAAGGAAUACCGCGUUAAGCUCCAGGACUACGUGAUCGACCAGGUUCCGCUCCUCGCGUCCGCGAAAGAGAAGGGCUCAAAGAUCCUUGUCGAGGGCGCCAACGCGAUAAUGCUGGACGUCGACUACGGAACAUACCCCUUUGUUACCUCGUCGAACACCGGUAUGGGAGGCGUCCUUACGGGUCUGAGUCUGGGAUGGCGAUCACUCAAGGAGGUCAUCGGCGUGGUCAAGGCAUACACUACACGGGUCGGAUCGGGCCCCUUCCCGACAGAACAACUCAACGAAGUAGGCGAGAAGCUCCAGCAAGUCGGCCACGAGGUCGGCGUUACCACCGGACGUAAGCGGCGCUGUGGCUGGCUCGAUCUUGUCGUAAUCAAGCACUCACACGCUUGUAACGACUACACGGCAAUCAAUCUCACGAAACUCGAUGUUCUAGACGACUUUGAUGAGCUCAAGGUCGCGACAUCUUACUCUUAUGGUGGCCAGAAGCUUGACGGUCUCCCCGCGAAUCCCGAGAUGCUAUCCAACGUCGACGUGCACUACGAGACCUUGCCUGGCUGGAAGAAGCCUACAACUGGCGCGAAGAGCUUCUACGACCUCCCCGUUCAAGCGAGAAAGUACGUCGAGUUCAUCGAGAACUUCGUGGGCGUCAAGGUGAAGUGGAUUGGCGUCGGUCCUGCGCGGGAUCAUAUGAUCGCAAGGUAGCAAUCCACGAUAUGAAGUGGGAAAGUAGUAGGUAGCCUUUCUUUAUCUGAGGUGUGUUGUGCCUCCGCACGUGUACAGUGUUUUUCGUCCAGCCCAGCCCUCGUGGGGGCGCAAAAAGGAGGCUUUUUCAUAGCAUGCAUGGCAUGGGCAACAACAGGAAAAGAAUAGAGUAUAGACAAUGGUAACCUAUUAGCUUCUGCAACGUGAAGAGUAGAG